GUUAUUUCCCUGCUUGGUCCUGUAGUUGAAAUUGAAGAAAAGAGCCCAACGCCAAUGGCUUCGGAUAUAUUCAUUGAGCUGAAGCAUCCGUCCUUAGUUAGUCCAGAACUGCAAUCGCCAAAUCUAGAUGAGCCACAAGCGGGAAAAGGGCUCUCUACUACCAUUGUUGUUUCAUCUCCUGAAGCAUUGAACUCUCAACCGGCAUCGGAGCCGUUAGUGAUGGUAAAGAAAAAUAAACGUGGAAGACCUCCUCUUUCCUCUUAUUCCACUCAAUCUCUUGCGCCGCCUCCCGUUAAGCGAAGGCAUUUGGAUAUGAUGAGCGAAGAGAGUGUCUUAAUCUACGGUAGUCGUCAACUUCGGAUUUUCCUCCUCAGAACUCAUUAUUCUAGGCGAAAGCUGAAAACACAACGCGCCGCCGAACGUCAAGUUUCAAUAGGCCCAUGCACCACUCAGGCUCUCCUAGACACCGGGCCAAUUGCUGAACUCCCCUCAAUUACAGCUUUCUUCCCAUUUUCCGAACUGUCUUCUCCUUUGUUGGAAGUCGGUGACGAGGAGAAACAGGAAAAUGAAAAGACUUGGAUGCGUCAGCUUUACGCAAGACUCUUAAACACCCCCGAUCUCCUUGACCUCAAGACCAGAUUAACUGCUCCCCUCCUCUCACUUCCUUGCCCUCUCCGCCUGCCUGAUUUCUAUCGAUUUAUCUGCGUCUCAGGUCUCCUAAACAACUUUGAAGCAGCUUUAGAAGUGCAAGAUUCCAUCCAACCGAAAAUUUUAGCCACUGUUUCACCACAGGUUAUUAUUAAGUCAGCGGAUACUACGAUGAUCCCUCCCUUUUACGUCGCAGGCGAUCAAUGGCCACCGCUUUGUUUGAGAGAUGUGAUUCCGAGGUUGUCGGAUUACGUGGAAGACUUUCAAAAGCUAGAUCUCUUGUUAGAAUUCCUUUUCAGGACAUGGGAAGCUUAUGCUGGGCGAAAGAAUUGGAUUGGUAAACAACUACAACAAGUUCGAUCACUGUAUAGUCAACUCAGGACAGAGCAUGUUGCAAAGCAUCCGGAUAAGGAAUUGCCUCUGCCACCACCCACCCUGUCUUCUGGUUCAGCAUCUAAGAACUCAGGUCCCAUAAUCGCCGGAAGCGGAGCUGCUCGCAAGAAAGUUGACCGACAGACUCUUGAACGUGGUGCAGAAGUGAUACGUUGUCUCUGUGGUUUUAGAGUAGAAGGCGGUCAUGUAAUGAUUCGCUGUGCAUCUUGUGUUACCUCCCAGCAUCUGCCCUGUGUGUGGUGGGCUCUGGCUCUUGAUAUGAAUCCUCGACUAGCUGCCCCAAGCACUUAUAUUGGCUCUUCAUGGCCUAAUAUCCAAUCUGCCAAUCAAAAGCCCUCUUCCAUCCGAUUGGCCCGCUGUAAAGCAGCGUUGAUUGGUGCACUGGCUGCUGGUGGUCAUGACAUCUCAGUUUUAUGUCCCUUUGCUCAAGUUCCACCUGCCUACUACUGCCCAAGCUGUUUGGAAUUGGAUGGUCUCACGAAAGACUAUCCCAGAUCUCUGGCAGUCUCAUUGAAAGAACACAAUGUUGCCACUGUGUUUGAUAAAUCUGCUAAGAGGUUUGAUUACUGGAGUCUGGGUACAAAGAAUGAGCAAUUCCUGACGGAUGAAUUUGCCAUUAUCUAUCGAGGUGAUUUUGAAAAAGCUCUAAACUCGGGUGGCAGGUUAACAGAAGAGCAAUUGCAGUCUGGAAAAAUUGAGAGAGCGUCUGAUGCGGUUGUUGUGCGAAUUUAUGGAUUAUGGAAAGAUAGAAGUGGUGAAAGCUGGAUGGAAGGUGGCGCUUUCCUUCGGCCGUAUGAUCUCCCAGAAAAUUUGCCUUGGUCGACGGAAAAUCCGACUUUUUGGCAUCAAAGGGAACUUGUCUACGAUGAAACCAGUCGGCUUGUUUUGCCCCUUUCGGCAUUGCGAGGUCGUUGUUGUGUUCUCGCUCCUCCUACCUACCGUAUUGGUCGCCCAGCUGAUCUACCUGCUAUUGUGGUUCCUCCAUCAGAGGAAGCUAGAAGGCAAGAGCAAGAGGAGCUGCAUCCAUUAGUCUUCCUCUGUGAACGCCUUAUGACCCGUAAUGACGUAGGUGAACUCAUUCUGAAAGAGAUCGCUCCUGCUUAUCUCAAAAUUAUUACCAAGCCCUAUUACUUUCUGCGUUAUCCUGAAACCUCGUCCCUCAAAGCUGCUAUUGUAAGACAGUGCACACCUAAUGAUCUCAAAGAAGAGGAUUCAUCUACUCGGUUUGGGGAUAUUAUCUCUUGUGGAGUUGAACCUGGUCUUCUCUUUGCCGACUGCGCUCAGCGUAGGUGGAUAGAUGAUCGUAAUUCUUCAGUAUCUCCUGAAUAUAAUCAAAAUGAGGUGGAGGAAAAAACUGAACAGUCACCACAGAAGCCUCAUAGACAUCGAAAUCUGGGUUCUGUUCUUCCUUUAUUGAAGGGAACUCCAUUGUCUGAGAUUGUUCCUGCAAUUUCCACGACAUUUCAUCAUGCAUCUAGAAAGUCUCCACCUGUUUGUUUGAAGCUUUUAGCGAAAUCACCUAUCUUGUCAAAGCCAGUCCCACCCUCAGUAAUUAAAAAACGUGGAAGGCCGUCGGAAGCUUCUAAGGCUCAACAACAAACAACAUCCAUAAAGCAGCUUAGCUUUGAAGAGCUACAACAACAGAUGGCUCUUCUUGGAGAUGGAGGCUCGAAGGAGACCAACUCUGCUGUUUCUAUCUUUUCUGCUACUCCAAAAAAGAGGGGUCGAAAACCCAAGGCUAUGAAGAUGGAGUCUAUCGAUGUUGAACCGAACGGUCAGAUUAUGCCCACUGAGCCGUCGACUGUGACUAAAGAAGACGAUGUCAUUAUUGUAGAUGACAGCCCUGUUGAGGUUCAAGUUUCAAGCGACGAUCUUCCUCCGUUUAGAGUGGAUGAAAAUGAAUUGAUUUGGCAAGAAGAAUCACUGGAAUUGAAAUCGGACCCUAUUGAAGCACCAAUGACUACUGACGCUUCUCUGGUAGAUGAUCAGGUAGUCUUUGAACGUGUGGAAUCCGUGAAAAGCGUUCAAAUCCAUCAGCAUAUUCAUUUACAAAAACUGAAUUAUGAAUGGGCUAGUGAUUUUCCAGAGGACUAUGAUGAAGAGGUUGGAAAUAUGGAAUAUUCCCCUCCAUGUGGUCAAUUGGUUGAGUGCUGUGAGCAGGAGGAAAUUUUAGAUGGGGAAAAUCUCGUGGAAAAUGCGGAAAACCUUGUGCAUGAGAUCCCAGAAUCAUCUCAAACAGAAGAAAGGUUGAAUAUUCACGAAUCUGACGCAAUCCAAUCCUCUUCCCCACCAUUAACUCAUUUAGCCCUUCUCUCCAAAGUUCCGCACUUUAGUGUUGUCGAAAUCACCGAGUCGCAUUCUGAAGAAUGCACAGAUCUUCCUGAUGAUGAACUGGACUACUUGGAGACUGAACAUUUCGUCCGAAUUGCUGAACCCUGUCCAGAUGAGAGUUCGGCUCUCUGUGAAAUUUCUCCGCCCUCUAUUCUUGAACAUCCCAUCGGUCUCGAUCACUCUACUGAAUUGGAUGAAAAGCGUGAAAAUUCCAAUUCGAGUACUUCUGACGUUUCCACAGAUGGAAGUUCCGCGGCAAUCACCGAUCAGAAAGAGUGUCUUCAAUCGGCAUCAUCUUUUAAGGUCCAACCUCGAACUUCUUCAGUUUCAAGUUCAAGUUCCCGACGAAGAAAGAGUAGUCCUAAGAAGAGGGUCUUUGACGACUCAGAAAAAAUCCUAGACCUCUCUGCAAAAUCCUCCAGUGGGGUGGAUGAGUGA